AUGAGAGGAUGUGUUGAAGAAUUUCAUCCGGCAAUUGGAUUUUCCCCUGGCGAGUCAACGAAGAAACCCGGGUUAAUGGAGGAAGACAGAAUAAGCCAACUCCCAGAUCAAAUCCUCCAACAAAUCCUCUCUUUACUCGACACAAAUCAAGCCCUUCAAACAACCAUCCUCUCCACAAGAUGGAAAACCCUCUCCCACACCCUCCCCGAUCUCCGCUUCCAUCUCAGCCGCUUCGCCCCCUCAAACAACCCCAAAACCGCCCAACCCCUCUCCCACCGCUUCUCCCACUUCGUCACCCGCCUCCUCUCCCUCCGCGACGGCACAGCCCCGAUCCACAACUUCCACCUCUCAUUCGACACACAUCUCCUUAUCCACGCCGACCAAUCAUUCAUCGAAAAAUGCAUCCUCUACGCCGUCAAUCACCGCGUCGAAUCCCUCCGCCUCCACGCCCGCUGCCGCCCGGAUAUCACCCUCCCGGCCGCCUUCUUCGCCUCCACAACGCUCCGGGAACUCGAGCUCCGCCAGCUCGGCCGCGUGAUCUGUUCACCGGAGAAGCUCUCACUACCUUAUUUGAAAACCCUUUUUCUUGAUGGGUGUUGGUUUGGCCAUGGUGAUUAUUAUGAUCCGCCGCUGAAGGAGCCGUUUUCGGGCUUCCCGGAGCUGGAGAAGCUUACUCUGCGGCGGUGUGUGUUUUAUGAGCUUGUUGUGAAGGCUCCCAAGCUUAGGUUUCUUGAGAUUGUUGAUGAGAGUUUGUAUGCUUAUGGAAUGGAGGAGAUUUCGGCUCCGUUGCUUACCUCGUUUAGGUACGAAGCUAAAUUGCCUUUCCAUUGUUCUAAGGUUGAUCUACCAAUGUUGGAGGAGGUCUAUUUGGACAUUAAUUACAAACAACAACCCGAUAACAUAUACAAUUAUGUUAAUCCUACAACGAUGACUCUGAGAUGUGUUAGGAUGUUUCAUCUACUUGGAAAUGCUAAGAUUGUAGCAUUGACUUUGGACACAGUCAAGGUUCUUGAAAAGUAUCGUGGUCUGAUCGAGGAAAGUCCAUGUCCAUUUCCCUACCUGAAAUGUCUGAAAGUGAUGAAAGGACGUCGAGAAAUUACGACGGUGCUAAGAAGGGUGAUGAACUACUUGACAGAGGGGACUUUGUAUUUUGAUUCAUUGGUGAUGUUGUUACCUCAAGAUGUGACUGUGGUUGAAAAGAAUUCAGAUGAUUUGUUUGAAGACGAAAGUGAUGAACAACAACUCGAACUACUCUUUGGAAUAGAAGAUGAAAUUAUAUGAUUGUCUCAACAUGAUCAAUUGCAAAAGUUUGGAAUGUUGCAAGAGCUUCUUGCGCCCUUUUUGGACAAUCCAAGUUGUAAACAUGACAUCAUGAAUGUCAAGAAAUUUUUGCAAUAUAUAUUGAUGAUCGCUUUUCGCAUUUAAGUUUGUAGUGUAGAAGUGUUGAUCGGCUUCUUCAUGGUCAAAAUUUUGUCAGGAAGAAUUGUCUCAACCUAUCGAUUUCCUUUUAUACUCCAUUUGUCCCA